AUGGCAGAUCAGCUUACCGAGGAACAGAUUGCAGAAUUUAAAGAAGCAUUUUCAUUAUUUGAUAAAGAUGGUGACGGAACAAUUACUACAAAAGAAUUAGGAACAGUCAUGAGAAGUUUAGGUCAAAAUCCAACAGAAGCAGAAUUACAAGAUAUGAUUAAUGAAGUUGAUGCUGAUGGUAAUGGUACCAUAGAUUUUCCAGAAUUUUUAACAAUGAUGGCUAGAAAAAUGAAAGAUACGGAUAGCGAAGAAGAAAUACGUGAAGCAUUUCGAGUAUUUGAUAAAGAUGGAAAUGGAUUUAUAUCUGCUGCUGAAUUACGGGUGUGGGAAAAAUUGACUGAUGAAGAAGUUGAUGAGAUGAUUCGUGAAGCAGAUAUUGAUGGGUACGUUGACGGACAUUCUAACUCAACUGAUCCUUCAGGUCAGGGCAAUGCAUUACUUUCUUCUAUGAAAAACACUCCACUAACAGACAGUCUAGUGAAUAAUGUAUUUCAGUUACAAAAUGAUGAUGGUUCAUUUACAUUUUCCGAUGAUUUACAGAAAUUAUUCAAUGUAAAUUUCAAAGAUGUUGAAGAGAAAUUAAAACAGAAUGGAUUAAAUUCAUUACCUGAAGAAAAACAAAAAGAGAUCAAUAAUUUAAUUUGCACUGCGUCAAUAUUAUUUUAUUUUUUAUAUCAUAGUCAAAAGACUCAAUUUCCUAUUGAAUUUCAGGUCAUUAAAGAUUUUAUUGAAAAAGCUCGAAAAGAACUCGAAACGUUUUCGUUAAAAGAUGAUCCAACGGUUCAAUUAUACGUACAAAAAGGUGAAAAAGCUGUGGAUUAUGUGAUAAAGAUGCGUGAUACAUAUGCUGAAGAAUGUAAAAAACUUCAACUUUCAACAUGGGAAGAGUAUGUUCAACAUUUAAUGGCAUUGCACGGAUAA